GGCAGGGCGCCGCGGCGGGCAGGGGCGACGCGGGAGCCGCAACGGGGCCGCGAGGGAGCCGCGACGGGGCCACGAGGGGCCUGGAGAGGGGCCGCGGAGGGGCCGCGACGAGCCGCGACGAGCCACGAGGGGCCGCGAGGGGCCGCGACAGGGCCGCGAGGGGCCAGGAGAGUGGCCGCGAGGGGCCGCGAACGGCCGCGGAGGGGCCGCGCGACGAGCCACGAGGGGCCGCGAGAGGGGCCGCGAGGGGCUGCGAACGGCCGCGGAGGGGCCGCGAGAGGGGCCGCGAGGGGCCGCGAACAGCCGCGGAGGGGGGGGGUGGGGGGGCCGCGAGGGGCCGUGAGAGGGGCCGCGAGGGGCCGUGA